AUGAGCGGUACUGUAGCACUAUGUUGCUUUUUUGCGCCAAAAGUAUAUAUUGCCGUAUGUCAGCCAUACAAAAAUGUUCGCAUGCGGCAAAGCGCUGUUGGUCAUUUGGUUAAUCAACAAAUGAGGUUUAUGAGUCAAAUAGCCACCACGGAAGUACCAAAUAGCAUUCUUUCCACAUCUGUGGUUGAUUGCUCGUCCUACCCGCAUUUUGUAUCCUGUAGCAUUGUUGAGGGACUUCAGCAGAAAAGAAUUCUAUAA